AUGAAGUUUAGCAAAAAAUUAUAUGAAAGAGCCCACCCCAAAUAUAGGGAACAUUAUAUCGCAUAUAAAGAAUUAAAGAAAGUGAUAAAAUUAAUAACUGGUAAGGAUACCUCUACAUAUACAAUUAGAGAAGUUACUAGUAAUUUUGGAAAUAUAAGAGCAUUAAGCGGGACAGAAUAUAAAUCAACUGAAUCAAGAUUUCAAGAUAUAUUAAAUUCUGAACUUGAAAAAAUUAAUAAAUUUACAUUGAAUAUAAUUAAAGAUUGGUAUAAUGAAGCAGAAUUUUAUUAUAGAAAACUAAAAGAAGAAUGUUUUUUAGACUUAAAAUCUGUGGAAACUAAGCUUACUGAAUUAGGUGAUACAUUAAUAUUUUUGGAAAGCUAUAAAAAUAUAAAUUUUAUGGGGUUUCGUAAAAUAACGAAAAAGUUUGAUAAACACAGUGAUAAAAAUGUAAGUUCAUCCUUUUAUAUCAGCGUUGUAAUAAAAAGUUUUUUUAUGAAUUUUGAUAUGAAUUUUUUGGUAUGCAUAUUAUCAUUAUGUUAUAAAUAUUUUAGAAUUAUGAAAAAUAAACAUAAUAAUGUUGAUCAAAGAUCAUCAAAAGAAAUUAACUCAAACAAAAGCGAAAUAGUAGAAAAUAAUGAUAAUGAUAAAAACAAUAAUUUUCAUGAUCAGGAAGAAAUAAAUUUAAAUGAAACUAACAUGCAAAAUAUACAAAAAACUACAUGUUAUACCUUAGAUAAAAAUAAUGAUGUUAUAAAUGAUGAAAAAGGAAAAACUUAUUUUAGAGAAGAUAAUUUAAAUGUUAAAAAUGCCAAAUAUAUUGUUAAAUUACAAGAUUUAAUAACAGUUAAAAUAGAGAUAGCAAAACAUUUUACUUUUCGAUAUUAUGACUUAGAAGAAUAUGAGUUUAUUCCCAAUAUUAAAAGAUUCAUAGAAAUGAUAUCUACUAAUAAAAUUCAAAAUUAUAUAAUUACCAUUUAUUUUGAUGAUCCUACUUUAACCACCUAUCAUAAUUUUGUAAAUAGAAAUGUUUCUAAUGUAAAUGAAUAUAUUCGAAUACGUUCAUAUAAUUAUAUAAAAGGAAAAAAUCAUGAAGAAAAAACAUCACUUCAACAUUUUAAUAUAUAUGAACCUAGUCAUGACAACAAUGAAAAAUAUAUAUUAUUGAAAGAUUUAUCCUCCACUAAUUUAAAAAUAGAAAACAUUAAUGACUUACACAAAUUAAAAGAAAAUAUUAUUUAUAGCUCUGAAGAAAUAAACAAGAAGGACCAAGAAGAAAAUAGCAUUAAUGAAAAUACUACUAUAACUAAUGAUUUAGAUGAAAAAAAAACAAAAAAAAAAAAAAAAGACUAUUUAAUGAAAAAUUUUAAUGAUAAUAGAAAUGAUAAUUUUCUCUUGGAAAACAAAGACUAUUUUAUGGAAUUUAUGAAACAAAUAGAAACAAAAAAAUUGAGAAGUUAUGUAAAAAGUAAAUUAAAUAGAUUAUAUUUUAAUGAUGAAAAUAUUUCCGGUUAUAUUGAUGAAAAUAUAUGUUAUUGGACUCAUAAUGACAAAAAAAACAUAUAUAAAAAUGAGGAAAGUGAUGAUGAAGAAGAAGAGGAAGAAAAAGAGAAAGAAGAAGAAGAAGAAGAAGAAGAAGAAGAAGAAGAAGAGGAAGAAGAAGAAAAAGAGAAAGAAGAAAAAGAAGAAGAGGAAGAUGCAAAAGAAGAAAAAGAAGAAAAAUAUAGUUCUAUUAGCAGAAGUGAAUAUUAUCAUCAAAAUAAGAAAUCAUAUAAUAAAAAUUUUAAAAAAGAAUAUUUAAGGGAUCAUAAAAAUACAAAUAACAAAAAAUACUCUUAUUUUGAUUAUGCUGUUAUUGAUAUUAGUACAAAAGAACAAAAGAAUAGAGAUUUUAUCUUUAAAUUAAAUCAUUUAGGAAUGGCAAGAGAAAUUUGGGGUUAUUCUUCUUUUCUUCAAGGAAUUUCUUUAUUAUACCCCAAUUGUAUAUCUACUUAUCCUCACUGGAGAAUUUACACAUGUACAGAGUUUAUGAAAUUUGAAAGUAUUGAAAAUUUAAAGAAGAAAAAAAACAAAAAAAAAAAAAAAAAUGUCAUAGAAGGUAAUAGUAAAAGUGAUAUUAGUAUAAAUGAAAAUAUUAAUAAUUAUAAAAAACAAAUAAAACAACAAAGUUACAAGACAAAAGAUGAUUAUAAAAAAAGCAUUACAUAUACAGGUGCUUCUGCAAGAAUUGCACAUGAAAGUGAAGUAAUAUUUAGAAAUGAAAUAGAAAAAAAUAAACCAUCUGUUGAUAUCGAUUUUAGUCAUUAUAAUAAUAAUAAUAAUAAAGCACAUUUUUCCAAUAGUUCUAAAUUUUUACCAUUAACUAAACCAUCUUUAGGAGGAGAUAACAAUUUAUAUGAACCACUUUUGGAUCCAAUAGAAGAUAAAACUUAUGAGAGAACAAAAUCUUCAUCGGGUAAAAUUUUUUCCUUUUUUAAAAAUUUUUUUUUAAAAAAAAAUAACACUAUUCACAAUAAAAGGCCAAAAAAUUCAGUAGUUCGAGUGGAACCCAAAACUUUUUUUGCCAACGAAAGAACUUUAUUACAGUGGUUAAAUACUAGUGUAUUAUUGUCUACUAUUUCUAUAACUCUUCUUAACUUUUCUAAUACUUACGGAUUUACAUCUGGAGUUAUUAUGGCACCUGUGGCUAUUUUUUUUAUUCUUUAUUCCUUCUAUAUCUAUUUAAAAAGGGCUCAAGCUUUAAUUAAUAAAGAACCUAUAAAUUAUACUGAUAAAUUUGGUCCAGGUAUCUUAGUGAUUACCCUAACUUUUUCCUUAUCAACUGUUGUCAUCUUAAAUAUUUAUAGUCGUUUGAAGGAUGAUGCAUAA